AAACCAAGAUAACUUCACUUCUUUCCGCUCAAUUACUUCACAAUGGGCAAAAAAUCACGCGAAAGCAAUGGUGCAUCCAAAGAGAGCAAGCCUGCAAAGGCACCAAAAUCCUUGGUCGCAGUUGAGGCAGCUGUAGACCCUACGCUGGCCGCUCUUUUUGCUUCAAGUGCUGGCCCUGUACAGGCGCCACCAAAAAGCCGCUAUGAAGAAGCACCGCCCCCGAGCAAAAGACAAGCCGCUGCCGAGCAGGAUGAGGAGUCCGACCUUGAAGAAGACGAGGAAGACGAGGGAGACGACCAAGAGUUAAGCAGUGUGGAUGGUGAUCUCGACGACGAGGAUCUAGACGGUUUGUCAGAGGGGGAGGAAGAAUCGUCCGACGAUGGUGGCGCACCACUCAACCCAUUGGAGGCAGCUGAAGAUAAGGCUCCCCGCAAACGCAAGCGCGAUAACAAGGAGGAGGACCUGGAGGGGAAAUACCUGUCGAAACUGGCCAAAGAAGAAGAGAAAGAAGAGGCUGAGCGCAAAGCUGAGCGCAAGCUGAAGCGCCAAAAGCUCCUGGUGGAGCAGGGCGAGCAAAGCUCAGAAGACGAAGAUGAGGAGAUGGCAGACGCAGAGGACGCUGAGAUUGACGAAGAGAAGCCGAAAACGCGCCAGACUCCAAAGGAUGUACCAAUGCACGAAUCUCUUACCGUGGAUAAGGAAACCUCGGAGCUUGAGAAGGCGGCUCGCACAGUCUUCCUUGCGAACGUCUCAACCGACGCGAUCACCGACAAGAAGGCCAAGAAGACGCUGAUGGACCACAUGGGCUCUUUCAUUGACGACCUACCACCGCCUCUGGAUGGCAGGCCAAAGCCCAAGGUUGAAUCCAUUCGCUUCAGAUCUACCGCCUACGAAAGCACGCUCCCAAAGAAAGCCUCAUUCGCGACCAAGGCCCUGAUGGGAGCGACGACGAAGAGCACAAACGCCUACGUCGUAUACUCCUCCUCCUUCGCCGCCCGCGAAGCCGCCAAGAGGCUCAAUGCUACAGUGGUCCUUGACCGCCAUCUCAGAGUCGACGGUGUUGCGCAUCCCGCCAAAACCGACCAUCGCCGCUGCGUGUUCGUCGGUAACCUCGGUUUCGUCGACGACGAGAGUAUGAUGGACGAGGGCGACGAGAACCAGCGAAAGCGCUCCAAGAUCCCGUCAGACAUUGAGGAGGGUCUGUGGAGGCAAUUCGGCAAGGCUGGAGAGGUGGAGAGCGUGCGCGUCGUCCGCGAUGAGAAGACCCGUGUCGGCAAAGGCUUCGCAUAUGUUCAAUUCAAAGACGCAAACGCCGUCGAAGCAGCACUCCUCUUCAACGAGAAGAAGUUCCCACCUAUGCUUCCCCGUGUCCUGCGCGUCACCCGCGCGAAGGCCAUGAAGAAGACCGCCAACGCACAGAAGCGCGAGUCCGCACCGCGCCCAACCAUCAAGGGCUCCAACAAUCCCAACAACGUGGUCAUCUACAACCCGAAGAUGUCAGCGCAGCAGCAAUCGCUGCAGGGACGUGCAGGCAAGCUUCUGGGUCGUGCUGGUGCGGCGCAGUUCAGGAAGCGUGAAGAGGGAGGGAAGAGUCAGGAGAGAGCUGGCGGGGUGGGACAGGCUGUGGCGGCAGGGAUUAAGGGGCCGGAGGCGUUUAUUUUCGAGGGUUAUAGGGCUAGUUCGAAUAGUGGGAAGCCGAAGGAUCUUAAGUUGGGUGGGAAGAAUGUUAAGGGGAAGGGGAAGCCGAAGACGAGGAGUAGCCAGAGAGCGAGUGAUUGGAAGAAGACUGGGGGGAAGAAGGCUCCGAAGUCGUAGUAUAGUGGUAUAUAUGGGAAGGGAAUAGUGUAUAAAUGAUCAUGAUACCAUUACGGAG